ACAACAAAUUCAAGCAGACGAGAGGAAGGCCUGUAGGUCUAGUGGCAUAAGAGGAGAAUUAGACAAUCCCUGGAUUUUUUUUUCAUUCUAUAUUUUAUCAGUGUAAUAUACUACAAGACUACUUAUACUAUAUAUCAGGGAAAGACCCCGGGAACUGAUCUAGGGUCUGAAGACAACAGGUUUAAAAAAGGGCUAUGUCGCAUUGUAAAAUACAUGAGCUGUUCUAUUUGAUUACCUUAGUUGCAGCAUGCUAUGGAUACCAGAGACCAUUGUUUAAAGUAUCUGGUAUGUCAGACACACCAACAAACCCAUGCAGAGUUGAUUUCAAUGCAGAUGCAGUGGAUAUUUCUGUACAGAUUGAAGAUGCAGAAUGUGGCAGUGUUGAUAGUGGUAAAAUAUCAGAAGUUACUGGGACAUUCUAUAAAAUGGAGAAGGAUAGUGAUUAUAAGAUAAAUCUUGACAACAACCACAAAAUAAUCAAUUCUGAUACAUCUCCAAUGACAUGGUCCAAGCUAUUAGAAUCUGAUGUGUCUAUAUAUGCUGUUGCUGUUUCACUGCAACUGACGCAAGAUGAGUUUAAAAUCGUGGGUUAUCUUAUUGUUGGAUGUGGAAGUUCGAGUGAAAAUUACGCUGAAGAUCCAUGUCGUAAUGUACACACCAACUUCAGGGAUCUAGCUGGUGUAGAGACAAACAUUUGGGAACUUAAAAAAUGUGAUGGCUUCAUGGCUUCAUAUAAAGCAACAUCAAGGAAAGAGUAUACCAUAAAUGGAGGCACAAAUAAAGAUGAUGUAUAUUCAGAGGACAAUCGGCUUAAUGUGAAUCUUCCAGUUGUGUUUCAAAUAAAGAGCGAAUCAAAUGCCUUUAUACGCCUUCAUGAGAAAGAAAUAGAUAGAAAUUCCAAAGCAGUGGAAAUAGUUCUUGAAGAUCAAAGUCAGACAUCACGUAUAGUGGAAAAGAAUAAUGCCAGAAAAAAGAAUGAAGAUACUUCAACAGGAGAUAUUUUGUCAUCAGAAGAGUUUCGAUUCUUUUGGAUAAGCUUUUAUGGAAGAGAGGUUCGUGUUGGUAAAAGUUGGCUACCAUUUAAUGAGCAAAUAUUAAAACUUGAUGGAAUUACCGGUAAUUAUAAUAUCAACUACUUGUCAUUCGGAAAUGGUGAGGGCUCUAUUGGAACAUGGAGGUUUGAUAUUGGUUUGUGUGAUAUUCAAUCGGAAAAUGGAGCAUGCCCAAAACCUGAAGACAUUUCAUAUGCUACGAUGUCCUAUACUGGAACUAAAGUUGGUGAUACAUUGACCUACACUUGUAACAUUGGUUAUAUUGUUCACAGUGGUGACUUGUCUCAAACUUGCACUGAUACAGCAGAAUGGUCAGGAACUAAGCCAGAAUGUGGAGUGUUUAAAGUGUAUAUCAGCUGCAGCAGUAAGUAUAAUUGUUUGGAAGAAAGAAAUCCUAUAGGAAAUGCUAAAUAUGAAGUAGUCUGUGAUCAGUGCACCUUUAUGGAAGAAACAAGCUAUUUGUGGACUGUCAAAGAAUGCAAGGAAAUGGAUGCAACAGGCACGUGCAGUGAAGCUAAAGUUGAUACAAGCAGUCUUAGGAAACUCUUUACACACUGA